AACUCCGGCCCAAAUGCGGACGAAAACCUUCUGCGCCACUCGCUAUCCUCCUCGAGCUUGAAGGGACUACAAAGGAGGAGGGUUUUGGUUCUCGAAGCAGCCACUGCAACAGAGACGCCACACCAGCAACGGCAUCUCCUCAUCCAUGGCGUCCGCGUUCGUCACCGUCCCAAGACCCUUCUCCGUUAGAGCCGCUACUCCCUCCUUGUCGAACCAGAGGCUUCUCGGGCUGCGAAGAAGUUCUUUGAGAAUCAACGCGGUCGCUACGAAAUGGGAACCCGCCAAGGUUGUUCCGCAAGCUGACAGAGUCCUAGUUCGCCUUGAGGAGCUCCCUGAGAAAUCUGCUGGUGGCGUUUUGUUGCCUAAAUCUGCUGUCAAAUUUGAGCGUUAUCUGAUGGGCGAGGUUCUUACUGUUGGAACAGAAGCAGGGGUUGUGGAUGCUGGAAAGAAGGUGCUUUUCUCGGACGUAAGUGCCUACGAGGUGGAUCUGGGAGGAGAUGCCAGACAUUGCUUUGUCAAAGCCGGUGAUCUAUUGGCAGUGGUUGAAUAGAGAUUGCGUAAAAGCGAAUGUCAGGCAUUGGGGCAUGUUUUAUCAUGGGCCUCUGUAAGGUGUAAUGAUAAACACUCCUAUUUAAACAUCUCUUUUUGCAGUGAAUGGUCAAUAGUUGAUGUAGCUUCUUCAUGCUUUACGGCAAAAAGAAUCAAUCUGAUAUGCCUUUCUGAUCA